AUGCAAGAAAGCAAGAAAUGGUGCGUCCAUCCCAAGUCCCUUACUCACAUUGAACAGAACCCGGAAAAAAGCUCCUCCGACCUCCCCUCUCCCUCCCCAAAAGAACUUCCCAGAAGAAGCGCGGACACGAGAAUCGGCUCCACUCACUUUGCGACUACUACCUACGUCCUUUAUCAACUUGCGCUCUCAACACUCUGUCUUUCUACGAGCGAAAGCCAGAUGCUGCUGGCGACUUUCCUAUGGCUGGGUCCCACCGCGAUCAUCGUGAUCGUGAUCGGGACAGGCGUAGAGGUCGAGGACCAAACCAAAACCGAGGUCGCGCUCGCUUUCGCGACAGAGGGCGUCACUCGCGUGGCAAUGACCGUCGCUAUGACUAUCACGGAAGGUCGCCUCCUCCACGCGCCUCCCGCUUUGGGCCCGAUUCGUCUCACGAUUCGACCGGGUUUGCCUCCCAACGCUCUCCACCGCGUGGCUCACCUGGCGCUUCCCCUGGAUUCCAUGGACCUCAACGUUCAAAUCGAGACAACCAGGGGCCUCGACGAGCAGACUCCCCGUUCGGACCACCAUCAAAACGCCAAAGAACACGCAGUCCAUCGCCCCGUGGUCCGCGUGCGCCAUUUGCCAACCGCCGAUCUUCAUACAGCAAGCAUAGUGACAGACGCGAUCGAAGCCCUCCGUUUCGAGGACGAGGUCGGGGCUUCUCAGGUCGCGGUGCCCCUAGAGGACGGUCUCCACGUCGAGGUCGCGAUCGCCGAGGAGCUGACCGUCGUCGUUCGGACAUCCCAAGACACGGCCAAUCAAAGUCCCCCGUGCGCGAUAGAGGCUCUCACCCAUCACCCAACAGACGUUCUCGCUCACACAGUGAUGAUUACAGUGAUCGAGACUCUCGAUAUCGUUCUCGAUCUUUAUCAAGGAACUCCGUUCGCUCUUCUGGGUCGCGGGGCUCUGUAUCUCCUUUUAAUCCACGUCCUGAAGAACCAAUGA